AACCCCAAGUACUCCAUCCAAAUCUUCUGAGCUAAUUAAACCAUCAUCCGUUUCGCAGCUUCAGCCUUCAUCCUUCUUUGUGCUUCUUUUAAUCACCACUAGCUUAGUUUGCUUUGCAUUCUCUUUUUCUUCCUUGCGUCUUCCAAAACAUCUUCAUUUCACUCUUGCUUUAACUCUUUUUCGAGUGCCGGGAUGGAUCGGAUCAACAGGCUGGCCUCCCAAAAAGCUGUGGUUAUCUUCAGUUUGAGCUCAUGCUGCAUGUGUCACACCGUCAAGACACUCUUCAGUGAUCUUGGGGUCAGUCCGGCCAUUCACGAGCUAGAUGAGGAUCCCAAAGGGAAAGACAUGGAGCGAGCACUGGCUAAGAUGUUGGGACGCAGUCCUCCUGUGCCUGCAGUGUUCAUUGGAGGCAAUUUAGUCGGACCGACAGACAAGAUCAUGUCCCUUCAUCUCAGUGGUAAACUGGUUCCACUGCUCCGAGAUGCAGGUGCUAUCUGGCUCUGAUAUCAUCUUAAAGAUAUAACUAAGUGGCUCCAACAUCAUCUUAUCAAUGUUACCAAGAGUUCUCGACUUUCGUCGCAAAUGAAGCAUGGAAAAUAAACUAUAGAGUCCUGAUAGUUUAGGUAUAUAUAUCUGCUUAAGAUACAAACCUACAGGAUGGUGUUUCGAGUCUUUUUAUCAGGUAAUUAAGAUUAGGAGCCAUGUUUUUCUUCUCCUCCUGAUGGCUCGAGUCCUGUGUACAUUAUUCUCGACUUCAGUACUUGGUGUUGGCAAUAAAUUAUCAAAUUAACGUACCUACAAGGCAUUGAGUGUGAAA